CGAAAAUGGGCAAGGGGAAAUUUUAAUCUAGGGUUUAGUUUAUAAACCCUAACAAGGUGUAUUAUGAAUCUGAAGUAAGGGAUCGAGCCUCGGAGGAGGGAAUCGCAGCGAAGUCCACUAUGCCGAAGCAAAUUCACGAGAUUAAGGACUUCCUCCUCACUGCUAGGAGGAAGGAUGCACGCUCUGUGAAAAUCAAGCGGAGCAAGGAUGUGGUGAAGUUCAAGGUCCGUUGCUCCAAGUACCUUUACACCCUCUGUGUGUUUGAUUCUGAGAAGGCUGAUAAGUUGAAGCAAUCACUUCCUCCAGGUUUAAGCGUGCAGGAUGUGUGAUUCUUACUGCUGUAUGAAGAUCAGGUUUUUCUCUGGAUUUUGGGGAUUCAUAGUUAGUAAAAUGGUUCAGAGAAUUUUCGUAUUUGUUGUUACAUUUGGGAUCAUGUUAGUAUUUUGUUUAAGACGGAUCCAACUUGCUUGGGGAUUAUGUGGCUAGUUGAUUAAACCUCGUUAAUUUGACGUCAAUACAUUUCCAGUCGUUUAUGGAUU